AAGCGGCGGCUGCCGGCGUGAGGAGCCCUGCGAGGGGAGGGCGGCGAGCGCGGCCCAGUCUAAUCUCGCCGCCGUGCGGCUUUACGCGGAGGGCCCCGUCCCCGCGGGAGGGCUCAGGUCCUGGCUGGGCUUUCCCCGUGCUCCCAAAGGAGCGGCUGUCGUACAGGGCGGGCCGUGGCCUUCAGACCCGUUCCGAUCUCCUCAUCUCCUCCGUCUGUCGCGCGUUUAAAGCCCUAAGGCAGCUGGGUGGCGCUUUGUAGCGGGGCAUUGCUGUAACGCCCAGAGCAUUCGCCUCGCGGCUCUAGGCGAGGCAGGCCGCGCCCGUGCCGCUCCGCGCCGCUUUCUCCCCGCAGGAUGCCGUGCUGAGGUGGGUGAUGGCGCUGUGGGCCCGGCCCGUCUCCCGCUGGCGCUGCCUGCUGACCGCGGCCCGUGCUGAUGUUCCCCGGAGGCCGGGGAGCCGCGGCGGCCCCUGGGCCUGCCCUGGGCUCGCCGCUGCGGCUGUGCCGCCCGCCGGGAAGCCGCUCGUUCUGUGCGCGGGGGGGGGGGGGGGGGGGGGGAAGCCGCUCGUUCUGUGCGCGCUGCAGGCGGGCAGGCGGCUGGCUGCGGGAAGCUGCUCCCCGCCCGACAGCGCCCGGCGUGCAUCCUCCUGUUCUCCCGAAAGUAACCUGCCUUCGGUGCAACAGGGACGCGCGAAAGUAGAAACAUUACCUGACCUGAAUGCAAAAAUACUGGACGAAGACUGGGAUGACAUCCCACCUUCAUCUGCUUUGGAAGUGAUCUCUGAGGAAGAAGCUGUACAGAUCAUUGCAGAACCACUUGUUCCCCUUCAGUCUUCCACGCUCCGAGAUUAUGUUGAUCACUCAGAAACCCUCGAGAAACUUGUCCACCUAGGAGUUGACUUAUCCCAAGUGGAGAAACGUCAAAAGGCAGGUCAGCUCUUACUGACCUUGGACUUUGAAAAAGAUGUAAAAAAAGUACUUCUGUUUCUUAAGGAUGUGGGUCUCGAAGACAAUCAACUAGGACCAUUCUUGACCAAAAAUCCAUACAUCCUUGGUGAAGAUCUGGAAGCUUUAGAAACCAGAGUGGCUUACCUAAAAUCAAAAAAAUUUGGUAAGUCAGAAAUUGCUCAGAUGGUCUCAAGAGCUCCAUAUUUGCUGUUGUUUUCAGUGGAAAGACUGGAUAACAGACUGGGUUUCUUCAAAAAUGAACUUGGUCUCAGUGUAAAAAAGACAAAGGAUCUGGUGAUUCGCCUUCCAAGGCUACUGACUGGCAAAUUAGAGCCUGUAAAAGAAAAUCUUCAGGUUUGUCAAAUUGAACUUGGUUUUCAACGUAAUGAAAUUCAACAAAUAGUGUAUAAAACUCCCAAGAUUUUAACUGCAAGUAAAAAGAGACUCAAACAGACAUUUGACUACUUACACAACAUAAUGGGUAUUCCCCACCACAUGCUUACUCGCUUUCCUCAGGUUUUCAACUCAAAGCUAUUACGAAUCAGAGAGAGGCAUAUGUUUCUUGCAUUCUUGGGAAGAGCCCAGUAUGACCCAGCACAACCCAGCUACAUCUCUCUGGAUCAGCUGGUAUCCUUGCCCGAUGAGGUGUUUUGUACAGAGAUUGCCAAAGCAUCUAUGCAGGACUUUGAAAAUUUCUUAAAAGCACUUUAAUUAGUAGCACAUAUAAGAAAUUAUAGA